CGUUUUGGAUCAGUUCAAACAGAGGAACAAGCUUUGACCGUUUGGUUUGGUUCGGUUUGAAAUAGCGAGCGCGCGCCAGGUCGAAUUCAUUUUUCGGCAGCAACGCACGUUUUCGGCCAGUGAUUAGAGAUUAGUUCGAGUUCAACUUUUCGGCUAUUCGUUUGGUUUUUGAAGGAGUGCAUUUUUCGCGUUCGAUGGAAAACUUAGUUGGCAGUUGGCAGCGUUAGGUUUUCUUGAUCCCCGGUCGAUCUUCGCCAUGUUUCUGGUGAUUUUAGUGGUUGUGUUGUGUUUGAUCCUGGCCCAUAGGAGCCACCGGAAGAAGUACCAAUUUGCGGAUGGCAUCCCUGGGCUAAAGCCCUUGUGGCCAGUGAUUGGCAAUGGUGAUAUUAUGUUCUGUGACGAUCUGCAGCGAUUUGAAGUGUUAACCAAUCUGAUGAAAAAUCAUGACCGGAUGCUGAAGGUUUGGGCUGGUCCCAGUUUGCUGAUUUUCGUCAGCCAUCCAGAUCUGGUGCAACAGAUUCUUUCUAGUGCCGAUUGCUUGGAAAAACCUUUCCUGUACAAGUUUGCUGGCUUUGGAACUGGACUGUUCACUUCGAAAUAUAAAAUAUGGCGUGGUACUCGAAAACGCCUUAACCCGACCUUCAACCAGCGGAUCCUAAACAACUUCAUUCCGAUUUUCGAGCAGUGUGCUCGAAAGAUGGCUUCCCGCUUGAAUCAACUUCCGGAUGGAUCCACCAUCAACAUGCACCGCUACACAUCGCUCUGUACCCUGGAGAUGGCCUGCGGGACAACGCUCGGGAGCAACGUUCUGGAUCGGGAUGGCAAGGAGGAGUUUGUUCACGGAUUGGACGUUGCUUUCCAGGAAGCUGCGAGGCGCAUGGUCAGCGUACAUCUUUAUCCGGAUUUUGUCUAUAGGCUCACCAGUUUUCAUAGGGAUCUGAUGAAGGCUCGCAAAAUUGUUUGCGACUUCUUCCAGAGGAUCAUUUCUGAAAAACAAGUUUCACUUGCAGCUAGUAGCAACAACAACGAGAGAGACGCUGAAGAGGAGCAUAAGCCGAAAAUUUUGAUCGAUCAGCUUCUCGGUGUGUCCCAAGAUGGAAGAAAUUUCAGCGAUGAAGAGGUUAUGGAUAACAUUUAUGCCGUUAUAACAGGGGCUAACGACACUUCCGGACUGUUGAUAGCUCACGCCUGUUUGUUUUUGUGCUUCCACAAGGACAUCCAGGAACGACUGUACGCAGAAAUUGUUGACAUCUUACCAACUGAUGAGUCCGAAUUAACCCCAGACAGUUUGAAGCAGCUUGUGUAUCUGGAGAUGUUCCUCAAAGAGUGCCUACGCCAUUGUCCGGUGGCUCCAAAUAUUUCUCGUGAAAAUAUGGCGGACAUCGAGCUGGAUGGAAUUCGUAUUCCGGCAGGUAACAUUUUCGUGAUGAACUUCUAUGCGCUGCACCGGAGGAUCGACAUUUGGGGACCGGAUGCGGAAAAGUUUGACCCGGAACAGUUUUCCGAGGAACGAUCCCGAAACAGGCAUCCGUUUGCGUAUCUACCGUUCAGUGGAGGAAAUCGAAUUUGUAUUGGGUGGCGCUACGCGAUGCUCAGCAUGAAGGUGAUGCUAGUUUUCUUGAUCAGAAACUUCCAAUUUGACACCCUGAUUCAACCGGAGGAUGUCCGCUACAGGCAUGAUUUGACGAUGAAAUUGCCAUUUGAGCACAUGAUUGAGGUGAAAAAACGGGCUGGUUCUCAGAUGCCGAAGGGGAAUUUGGUCGAAACUGUGCCGAUGGCAAAGGAAGGUAUAAUACGAUGA